AUGCCUCUGAUCGCACAGAACCCCCAGCCGAGAGUGAUUCUCGGAUUGAUGACCUUUGGCCCAAAUGAGGCCAAAGGUGCUCGGAUCACCUCACUGGAUGAGUACAAUAAAUGCCUUGACUACUUCCAACAGCAAGGAUUCAAUGAAGUUGAUACCGCCCGUGUCUACAUUGACGGAGAGCAGGAAGCAUUCACAGCCAAGGCGAAUUGGAAGUCGCGUGGAUUGACUCUGGCCACAAAAUGGUACCCGAGCAAGCCCGGCUUCCACAAGCCGGAGGUCGUUCGUGAGAAACUCGAGCUCUCUCUGAAGGAAUUGCAGACCGAUACAGUCGAUAUCUUCUACCUGCAUGCAGCAGAUCGCGCCACUCCAUUUGCUGAAACUCUUGAGGCUGUUAACCAGUUGCACAAGGAGGGCAAGUUUGUACAGCUCGGUCUGAGCAACUUUACAGCCUUCGAAGUGGCUGAGAUCUGCGUCCUUUGCGCUGAGAGGGGAUGGGUCCGUCCCACUAUUUACCAAGCCAUGUAUAACGCAAUCACACGUAACAUUGAGACUGAGCUCGUUCCCGCCUGCCACCGGUAUGGUCUCGACAUCGUCAUCUACAACCCGUUGGCGGGUGGUCUUUUCUCCGGAAAAUACAAGUCGAAAGAUAUCCCCGCGGAAGGCAGAUACAGCGACUCGAGCUCUACUGGAGCCAACUACCGCAAGCGUUACUUCAGAGAUGCUACCUUCGAAGCUCUGAGUAUCAUUGAACCUGUCGUAGAGAAACAUGGUCUCACAAUGCUGGAGACAGCUCUGCGCUGGGUCCGCCAUCACUCUGCUCUCAGAAUGGACAAUGGUGGUCGUGAUGGAGUCUUAGUUGGAGUCAGCAGCUUCGCACAGCUUGAGACUAACCUUGCUGAUCUCCAGAAGGGCCCGCUCCCGGAAGAGGUCGUGCAGGCUUUGGACCAGGCUUGGCUGGUUGCCAAAUCCAACUCUCCUAAUUACUGGCAUUUGGAUCUGGAAUAUACUUAUGAUACUCAGAAGGCGGUGUUCGGGCCUAAGGACUUUGAGCUUUCAGAGCCGCGGGUGACCUCUACCCCGGACGCAGUCUACGACUUCGACUCUGACGAAGAGAUGGUUGUCAAUCGCCCCCCAUUACACCGACCAACAGACGGCCGCUCGCAACAACCCCUUCUAGAUGAACACCAUCGCCGGUCACGCUCCAGCCUCGGUAACCGCGAUGCAGAAGGCCGGCCCAUGCUGCAUGAAACCAGACGGCCGACAAUCCGGAGUAAAAGUCCGGAACACGACGCUGCCCAAGCAACCCGCAAGAAGUACAUGGUUGCAUCUGGAUUUCUCCUGCUCAGUUUGAUUAGCUUCGUGGUCCAAACGGAGACCGCUUCAUACAUUCAAAAUGAGCUUCACUGGAAGAAGCCGUAUUGCAUGCUUUAUAUGACCCAUGGGUCAUGGUCCUUGCUCUGGCUGGUCCAGCUAGGUAUCCUUCGGUUACAGAAACGGAAACUCUCAUGGGAUGCUUUCUGGCGGCGCCACGUCUCUCUCAUUCGCAGCACUGCACAGAUGGUAGAAUCCCGGGAAGUACAUCUGAGCGCUCGCGCCUCCAAUCGAUCCCCUGUCCCCUAUAUGCUGAAGACCACCGCCUUUGUGACUACUGCUCUCACAGUCGCGGGAGGAUCAUGGUACGUGGCAGUCAACAUGACCACUGCCAGCGACCUCACGGCAAUCUACAACUGCUCGGCCUUCUUCGCGUAUGCUUUUUCCAUUCCGCUUCUGAACGAGAAGCUGCGGUUCGACAAGGUGUUUUCCGUGGCUGUGGCUACCAUCGGUGUUAUGGUCGUUGCCUAUGGGGACCGGCCGGAUAAGAAGCCCUCGAAAGGAGGCGAGGCCUCGGAUGACCAUGUGGCGCAGAACAGGUUCCUCGGAAACGUCGUUAUCGGCAUUGGGAGUAUCCUCUAUGGGCUUUACGAGGUACUCUACAAACGCUUUGCCUGUCCUCCGGAUGGUACCAGUCCUGGCCGGGGCACGAUCUUUGCCAAUACUUUUGGCAGUCUAAUUGGAGUUUUCACUCUGUUAGUACUAUGGAUCCCAUUGCCAUUUUUACACUGGACGGGAUGGGAGACAUUUGAAUGGCCUACUGGUGAGGCAGCAUGGAUGUUGAUGAUCUCCGUCGGUGCCAAUGCUACAUUUUCGGGGUCUUUCCUUGUGCUCAUUUCCCUCACGUCGCCUGUCCUAUCAUCAGUGGCUGCUCUCCUUACCAUCUUCCUGGUCGCUCUGGUGGACUGGUUCCGAACCGGCGAUUCGCUUUCCAUGUCCUCUAUUAUUGGAGGUGUUUUAAUUAUGCUGGCCUUUUUCAUGCUGAGCUUCAGCACAUAUAGAGAGAUGAAUGAGGAGCAGAAGAAGCAUCUGGAACAUGAUGAACUCGAGUCUGACAGUGAUGUAUAG